AUAUGUUUAUUUUUCUUAAUUUGAAACGGUCUUUAAAAUGUAUUGUAUUUUAGCACACACACACUCAAACUUAGGUGUCAGAACUGUUAAUACUAACUAAGACUGUCAGUAGCUGCUCACUCCCCUGAGUGAACAGCAGGGGGCGACAUCCGUCCGUCUGAGCGCUCCGCUGCCUCUAACAAAGCCACGGAAGCCUCUCAAAACAAGGAAGUCACAUCCAAGGAUGUGUUCAUCCGUCCGGGCGGCAGCACCGAGCAGCCAUGUCCUCCUUACUCCACCUGAACGCGUUCAUCUCUGAGCGGCUGACGGCGGCGGCUGUGGAGAUCCUCGGCGCGGUGGAGAAAACGUUGAUCGAGUACCAGGGAGAGAUCAGCCGCAGCAAGCGGGAGGUGGAUCACCUGCGGACACUGGUGCUCUGGCCUGAAGUCAGGUUACAUAGGUCAGCAGCGCAUCAGGUCAGUCCUCGGGGCAGUGAUGACGAGGAGGCGUCCCCUGAGCGCUGCCAUGAGGAGGACUGGGCCCCACAUGCGAGCCCGGAUCACCAGAGCGGCACCCUGCGUGUCAAAGUGGAGUGUGACCAGAGCGCUGAUCAGAGGGGAGCGUCCUGUAGGCAGCAGAGAGACACCGCUGUGUCCCCUCAGUUGGUGAAAGGAGAGGGUCGUGAGGAGCCACCAUCACAGCCCUACAGUGUACCAAGUGUUGAACAGACAGCAGGUAUCAAAGCUGAGCCCGGUGGUGAGGAGGCUGAGGUCCCCUGCCGAGGAAAUCCAGAGUCUGCAGGACUUCAGCGAGAAAGCCUGAGAGAUCGGGAUGAGACCACUGACCAUGAGCAGGAUGGGCCCGAUGAGCAGCAGUACACUGAACAAGGCUGGAGCCCCCGUCAGGACCACAAGGACCCCGAUCCCCCGCAGGUCAAGGUGGAAAAGUUUACGUCAUCUAGUCCUCGGGGAGAGGCUGACCUCCGGUACGAAGCCCCUCCUCGGUCCGAGAGGAGUGUCUACGACGAACUUUGUUCUUUUAGCCCCAGACACAACCCGACUGUGAGCAACCAAACAUUUUACACGGCACUGGAAGAGAGACGAGAAGGCUACGACCUGUCUGGACUGAGCAGAACCUGUCUGCCCUUCUACUCUGUGAACCAGUGUGAAUAUGGUGACAGUACAGACAGUGCGUUGAAUGGAGACUGGAUUAAGGUGCUCACAACGUCGGGAACGAGGCCAAAGAAAAGGCAAAACGCCAACCUGUGCACUGAAGGAAGGGAGAGUUUUGGAGCGGAGGAAGACUUAAAUAGCCGCACCAGGGAGAGAAGACACACCUGUCCCAUCUGCGGCAAACGCUUCAAAGAGUCAAGUCAUUUGAAGGAUCAUGUGAGAAUCCACACCGGCGAGAAGCCGUACCAGUGUAAGGAAUGUGGGGUGAAGUUCAGACAGAGCGGAGCUUUGACUUUGCACAUGAGAAUCCACACGGGGGACCGGCCAUACCAGUGCGCAGACUGCGGCCGGCGAUUCAAUCGGAAGGGCGACAUGGAGACUCACAGGGUGACUCACACGGGGGAGAGACCCCAUCUGUGCCUGGUGUGUGGGAAAAGCUUCAAAAGGAAGAGCAACCUGAACACACAUUUAAAGCUCCAUGCUUGAGAACAGAUUAGAUCCACCCUCUGGGAAACACGGAUUGUAAAGGACUUCAUUCAGACGUUUAUGAGUGUAAAAACAUGGGGAUACAUACUUUUUAAAACUUUAUUUGUCAUUUUCAUCAUAUAAAAGCAAACAACAAUUUGAAUCAUCUUGAUUCGGAGAUAACAGGAUUUACCUCUACCAACAUUCAGAUACGUUGUUCGAAACAAUAUAAACUUUAGUUUAUCAGUUUCAUUUCUCCCUCAGUCUAGACAUGCACAUUAUAAACGCAAAGCUACAUGCAUUAAACUGUGUUUUGGAUCUAUUGACUCAUUUUUCUUUCAUUUCAAGCGAGGAUGAGGGCUGGUAACAGGUUGUCAACAGUUAGUAGUCCGUUAGUAAAUGCACUUGUUCUUCUGUGCAGUGAUACGGCUGGCAGAUGUACUUAUUAUGUUCAUACUUAGAUUAUCUUGAGUAGACGUGUCAUGAUUUCUGAAAAGAGACAUCCAAAUGUAUUUUUGGCUCUUUGAGUAUAACAAUUCGAGGGCCAUCUAAUUCUGUUAAUUUCAUGAGGGGAGACAUCUCUGUGGCUGAAAUCUCCAAAACUCAGCAGCUCACACCACAACAGUGUAGAUGUACGAAGCACCACAACUCAGACGGAAAAUGCGUUUUUGAUUAUCAGGCGAACUAUCCCUUUUAUAUCCUGUCUUUGCAGUCAUAUGAACAUGUGAUGGUAGAGCUACAGCAAAUGUCUAAAGUUGAACAUUUGGACGGUUCCUAUUGAGUCAUUCAGCCGUGCUAACACUUCACCAUCCAGACAGAUUUUUGAAAGUUCAGACUCACAGUGCACCAAAAUGUUUCACCAUAAGACUUCUGUAAACAGAUGCUGAAAUUCCUCGCUGAAUAAAUCUCCACUGCUCAUGAAAAGAGGGAGACAAAUGCGUUGACGCCAUUGUAGAUGCAGUGUGGUACAUUUCAACAUUGUAUCCGAGAAAAUGAAUUCUGACAGUAUAUUGGGUUCUGUCCUCAGGUAAACUAAUCCCGUGAAUGGUAAAUAGUUCAGUUUACCAUCAGUUUGUCAGAUACAUGUGGAGCAGCGGAUCUUUGUUGUCUAAAUAAAGUGUUCAAAUUCUCAGA